AUGUGGUGGGAAAAGGCCACGGCCAUCACUCUAGACUCGGUGCAUCCGAAUCUUCUCAAUUACAAGGCCCAUUCCGCUUCCAACUUUGAUGAAACCGACUUCAUCUACCUCAAGGCUCUAUGGCGGAACAAGUCCGUGGACCAGUUCCACAUCAAUGAUUAUGUGCGGCCGGAAUACGUCAGCAAAGCCGACGAGUUCGUCGGGCAGAACCCCAGCCCGGUCUCGGGACAAGCGCAACAGUCUCUAUCCCCACUUCGCCAGAGCAUGAUCGCUUUCAUAAACACUGCCGCAGCACCAUUCGGGCUAGACCUACCGUUUAAUGUUGAGCUAGGGCCAUUUUCGCUCUCCAAGAUGUUGCUUGACCAAGCGAAACGCGCCAACAACGAGGGACGGGAUGUCGGAGACACGCUCAAACUAUUUCGACGACUGGACGGACCAAAUCAGGAGGGGCAGAACAACACAGCGGCGGAACAUGUUCCCUUGGAUGAGCAGCUGACAGCCCUGACCAUCGGUCGCCCAACCUCGCGGUCGCAGACGCCCGGGGCUCUCGACUCGGAACAAGACCGGUCGUGGGACGAGGAGAUUGUCCGAUUGUCUCUCCACAGCCUUCUCACCUCGAUAACCCUCUGCUCCGGAAAUGGGGAUCUAGACGGCCGCGGAGCGCUUGAGUGGGUGUUGACGCGGCAGACCUUUUCACUUGGACUGGCUGGCAACAUCGUGUACAAGGUUCGAACGGAUGGUCUGUUGAGGAACCCGGAGAACCCAAAUUGCAGGGACCCGCUUGUCAUUUUGGAUGUCAAACCUUACAUGCGACACCUAAGUCGGCGCAAUAUCGAGUGGCAGGAGGCAUGCCAGAUGGCUGCAUGGAUCUCCGAGACUCUGAGGGCAACAUCCCCGGAGAAGCGGAGAGCAGGGGUUCUGACCACGAGUGACGACACCAACAGACGCCGCCGGAUACUCAUCUCCCAGAAUUAUCGUUCUUUGUACAUCACGGUUGGCGAAUGGGGGGAAGGGUACGAAAGCUACCUCAAGGACGGCGUUCGCUCGGCGACGCUGGACCAGGGUAAUUUUCUAACCAUGAACUGCCAUGGCGCAUAUUCCCUCGACAAUCAAGAGCACAUGGCACUUUUCAUUCGCAACCUACUGGCCUUGAUGAUGGAGCUUUCGCAUCCGUGGGAGGACAAGUAA